AUGGGCGCGGUGCUUACGGAAGCGCCUGGCACUGCCGAUGGUUGUUUCCAUGCGUCCGAUGAGAACAGUGCGGUGGAGUGCAAUGUACGAACACUGUCGGACAGAGACGUCGUCGGUUCGAUGCACUCGGAGGGCGCGCAGCGGCUCGCAAUCCGCUGCGGGCCCCAACUUGCCGAGAGCACGCUCAGGGACCAUCACUUCGGGAGGAUGCAAGGUUUGGCAGAGGUCUCUAUAUAUAACUGUAAGCUUCUCCGUCUCCCCGGUAACGCUUUCGAGGGUUUACGAGGCCUGAAAACAUUGAGAAUACGUUCUAUGAACAACGAAUGGGGACACAAUAAAGAGUUGGAUUUGUCUCUCGGUGCCUUUAAUGGCCUAAGAGAAUUGCACACGUUGGAUUUAGCGUACAACAAUAUCAGGAAAAUACCUUCGGAACUUUUCUGCGCAUUGGAAAAUGUGAUUUCACUUAAUUUAACUCGAAAUAAAAUAAAGUUCGUCGAUGAAUUAGGCUUCGGUCAUAAAUGUGGAUCGACACUCCAAACAAUAGAUUUGAGCUAUAACGAUAUCAUGUCUUUGCCAGCUGACUCCGAAAUACUACAUCUGCGGAGGCUUACACAACUAUUCCUGCAAAAUAAUAAGAUAAAUGAAUUGCCGGGCGAGGUCUUCAGCGAUUUAUUGUCGUUGAAAGUUGUGAACUUUUCAGAUAACGCUAUAAAUUAUUUACCAGAGAGCUUAUUCAAAAAUUCAAGAGAAAUUCGUGAGAUUUAUUUGAAAAACAAUGAACUGGAAAUAUUGCCUAAGAGAAUAUUUAAUAGGUUGGAACAAUUACUCGUUUUAGAUCUUUCAGCGAAUAAAUUGAAGAGCGACCACAUAGAAGAUGAAACGUUCGGGGGUUUAAUAAGAUUAAUCGUGCUCGACCUGUCACACAACUCGAUUGUACGGAUCGCGCGAAAUAUGUUUAAGGACUUGUUCUUUUUACAAAUACUCAAUUUAAGUAAUAAUUCUAUAGGGUACAUCGAAGACAACGCGUUUUCUCCACUUUUCAAUUUACAUACUCUAAAUUUGGGUCAAAAUAAAUUGAAUACCAUAGACGAUCACAUAUUCAACGGACUUUUCAUUUUAAAUAAGUUAAACUUGAACAAUAAUUUGCUGUCCUACAUUAGCGAAAACGCGUUCCGAAACUGUUCAGAUUUAAAGGAGUUAGAUUUAAGUUCAAACAAGUUGACGAAGGUCCCUGAAGCAAUUUUGCAAUUAUCGUUCUUAAAGUCAUUAGAUUUGGGUGAAAAUUUAUUAACAGAAAUAGCAAAUAAUACAUUUCAUAAUUUGCCGCAGUUGACCGGGUUGCGUUUAAUCGACAAUCAAAUUGGAAACCUUACAGCAGGCAUGUUCUGGGGUUUGCCGAGCCUGCAAGUACUCAAUUUGGCGAAAAAUAAAAUACAGAUGAUUGAGACCGAAACCUUUCAAAGGAACACGCAACUGGAAGCCAUUCGCUUGGACGGUAACUUUAUUUCUGAUAUAAAUGGGGUAUUUGUAUCGUUGACGAAGUUGUUGUGGUUAAAUCUAUCCGAAAAUCACUUAGUGUGGUUUGAUUAUGCUUUUAUUCCGGGUAAUUUGAAAUGGUUGGAUAUUCACGCUAACUUUAUAGAGAUUCUUGGUAAUUACUAUAAAAUUCAGAAAGAAUUACACGUGAAGACGUUGGACGCAAGCCAUAACCGAAUUGUUGCUUUAUCGCCCAUGUCCAUACCGAACAGCAUCGAGCUUCUGUUUAUAAACAAUAAUUUUAUUUCCAACAUAGAGAUAGACACGUUUCGGGACAAGAAUAAUUUGACACGCGUCGAUAUGUAUUCAAAUGCAAUCGAGAGCUUAGAUAUAAAUAGUUUGCGUAUUUCGAGAACGGCAGACGAGCGACCACUGCCUGAGUUCUAUAUUAGCGGUAAUCCUUUCCGUUGCGAUUGCACAAUGAAAUGGUUACUUUUAAUUAAUUCAAUGACGUCUAGGCAAUACCCGCGUAUAAUGGAUUUAGAUAACGCUAUAUGUAAAGAGUCUUACGUUCGCGGAGCCAAAUACAUCCCUGUCAGCUCGCUUCAUUUAAAAGAAUUUUUAUGCAAAUACGAGAGUUAUUGUCCUGAAGAUUGCGGCUGUUGUGAUUUCAAUUUCUGUAACUGUAAAACUGUCUGUCCUACGAACUGUUCAUGUUAUCACGACUCAACGAAAACCACAAAUGUUGUAGAUUGUUCCGUAAAACAAUUUAACACAGUCCCAAUAGAAUUUCCUAUAAGUGCCACGCAUAUUUAUUUAGAUGGAAAUGUUUUUUAUGAACUCAACGAUACUGUUUUCGUUUCCAUGCAUAGAGCUGUCGUUGUGUAUUUAAAUUCAAGUAACAUCGUGAACAUUCAUAACAACUCAUUCAAUGCACUCGUCGAUCUACGAAUACUACAUUUAGAUAACAAUAAGUUGAAACGUUUACGAGGCCUCGAGUUUUCGAAGUUGAGCAACUUAAAAGAAUUGUAUCUUCAAAGUAAUGCUAUUGAAUUUAUUUCAAACGUAACUUUUUCCUUUUUAGACUCUCUCGAAGUUUUACGCUUGGAUGGAAACAGACUCGUAAAUUAUGGCCUGUGGCAUUUGGACAAUAAUAAAAAGUUACAAACGCUGUUUAUCGGCGGUAACCGUUGGUCAUGUGACUGUAAAUAUUUACAAGGUUUCCUAACUUACAUAUCCCAGAACGAUGAAAAAGUUGUAGACGUUCAUAAUUUGUCGUGUUGGAAUGACAAAAUGAACCCAGUGAAAAAACCUUUGAAUUUAAAUGUGACAAUUUGUAGUGAAAUAAGUGAUUCUUCAGUGAUAAGCGCCCUUUUCGUCUCCAAUAACUUACCAUUACUCGCAUCGGUUCUCACUGGUUUCAUGCUCAUUUUAUUAAUUUUGGCUUUAGUAUUCACGUUCAGAUACGCUUGCAGAAUGUGGUUGUAUUCAAAUUGCGGCAUUAAGCUCUCUCCGCUAGCGGGUGCCUUUAAUGACGCUGAUAAGCUUUAUGACGCUUAUAUUUGUUAUAGUCCUAAAGACGAGGAGUUCGUUAUAGAAUCUUUGGCACAGGAGCUUGAAAAUGGUUAUCCCUCUUAUCAUCUCUGUUUACAUUACAGGGAUGUUCCUCAAUUCGAGGCCACUUACGCUCAAUUCCCUGAUUUGGUAGUCGAAGCUACUGAAGCAUCGAGACGUAUAAUUGUGGUAUUAACUAAGAAUUUUCUUUUAACAGAAUGGUCACAAAUAGAGUUCCGACAAGCAUUACAAAAAGCUCUCCGAAAAAAUCCAAAUAAAUUAAUAAUAGUCACCGUAGGGCUCGUUCCACGAGAUCCGGAAUUGAAAUCGUAUUUCAAAACAGGUUUAGAGAUAACAUGGAAAGAGAAACGGUUUUGGGAAAGAUUACGCUACGCUAUGCCAUCGUCGAAGCGACGAGGGCAAAAGUUGAAAAGGCUCAAUUAUGGAAGAAACUCGAAUACAUACACAAUGGAUGCUUCAGUAUUGAAUACUACCUGCCAGACGUUGUGUGGCAAGUCUGCUAAUUCCGCAGAGCGAUCGCCUUGUGAUCGACCUCUUUCAGAGCACAUUUAUUCAACUAUUGAUUCGGAUUAUUCGUCUACUGAUUUCCAUGGCCGUCACAAUCAACCACAUUCUGUUGUUUUACAGCACACUGUGCAAACGUACCUGGUGUAG